AUGCCCCCCAAGAAGGCCACCAACGCCGACGACGCCGGCGCCGGCAGCACCCACGGCUACACCGACGGCGAGAUCCAGCUCAUGAUCGCCCUCAUCAAGCGCAUCCCGCGCCCCGCCACCUUCGACGCCGACCAGAUCGCCGUCGACAUCGGCUCCGCCAGCGGCAGCAGCGUCAAGAAGCGCAUCAGCAACGCCGUCGCCAAGUACGGCUGGUUCGCCGGCGGCACCGCCACUGCCUCCGACGGCGACUCCGCCACCCCCGCCGCGACCCCCGUCAAGAAGCCCCGCGCCAAGCGCACCCCCAAGAAGAAGGCCCCCGACAGCGCCGAUGACGACGAGGAGGGUGCCGAGGAGACUCCCAAGAAGAAGAAGGCGCGUACGAGCAAGGCCAAGACUAAGGUUGAGCCUGAGGCUGAGGCGGAGGCUGAGGAGGAGAAGAAGGUUGUCAAGGAGGAGAGUGGUGAGGGUGCUGGUGGCGAGGAGGGCGAGGGCCAGAUUUGA